AAUGAAUAUAGAGUUGGUUGUCUCUGAUAUAGAUCUCAAAUGUCAACCGAUCUUGGUACGGUAUCAUUCGGUUGUUUUUGAAUAUUUGAAUUAAUUUAUUUUGUUUCAAAUGAAAUAAGAAAUAAUUACAAGUGUGCCAAAAUGGGAACCGGAAAUUUGUGUUUCCUGUGCAAUUCUACAAAAUCACGGUCUUAUCAUAGAUUUCCCAAGUAUCCGGUACUCAGAUCGAUUUGGAAAAAAAUUUGCGGACUCGAACCGUCCGACAAUGUUGACUCAUUAAGAAUAUGUUCGAAUCACUUUAUCGUAAGCGAUUAUACUGACAGAAAUGGACCCCGGUGCAGAUUCAGAAAAAAUGUUUAUCCCACAGUGAAUGUCAAAGCACCUUUGUUGCCAAGAUACAAUCCCAGUGGUACGUCUGGAAUUCCGGGUCUAACUAAGAUUGAUGAUGAAUUGACUCCAUCCACAAUUGAACAAAUUCUACGAAAAUCUGAGGAACCGAAAUGUAAUCUUUUAAGUCUGGACUCAACUCCAACUCCUUUGAAUUGCAUAGGAGAACCAUCCAUUUGUAAUCAUUCAGGCGAACAUCUCUGUGAACACUGCGGAAUACUUUAUACACAGGCAUACCACCCUCAACCAAAAACUUCACCAAUAAUAACUCGCCUGAUCGCCAAAGAGAAAAAGAAGUAUCGCUGUCGAUUCUGCUCCAAAAAAUUCAAAGUCAUAGGAUACUUGAUGAGGCACGAGAGAAAUCAUACUUUCAAUAGUGAAGUUUAUGAGAAAUUUUUCCUUAGACGGGCAAAACGAAACUACAAACCGCAGAUAGUGAGAACGAAAAAGGUUCCUAGAAAAAAAUUCCGCUGCCACUCUUGUCCUGAAGCAUUCAAUGUGCUGCGUAAACUGAGGAUUCAUGAGAAAUUCCAUCAUUCUACUGACAACAUAGAUCCAUUCUACCAAAAAAUUUUGUACAAGGAGUUUGUUUUCACUGACACUUUCUAGCAAUGCAAAAUAUUUUUUUAAAGUAAUUAGUUUGAUGUUAUAUUAUGGAUGUAUUUAUUAUAAACAUUAAUCGAUAAUGA